UUAGCCAUUAAUAUCUGAUUCAAAUUUCAUUAAAAAAGAAAAAGGAAUUUAGUAAACAAAUAACGAUGACGUUUUCUCCGCCUACUUCUGCUCUCAAGAAGAUCACUGUUUGUAGCAAAAUGAAAAAUUGUAGUUUGUCAAAUCUUGGAUCUGUGGGUGUUUAUGUUUUACGUGAACUUUUGAGCCGAUGAUUCAGUUUCUAAUAUUUGUGACGUUACGUUUGGUUCUCCUUCAAAAUAAACGAAAGUAUGGAGCUCUACUUACAGGAAUGCAAGCAUAACCUGAAAAAUGCCAGUGAAUCCUCUAAAAUACAAAUUGUCCUUGGAAAUGAAAGCUGUGACUUGGAUUCAGCUAUUUCCUCACUUGUCAUGGCUUAUUUUAUUUUUAAAGUGCAGAAAACUGCUGAUAUUGUAAUUCCAGUCUUAAAUGUAAAAAGAAAAGAAUUGGCUGUUCGAACAGAAGUAGUUUUUUUCUUAGAAGAAACAAGCAUUAACAUUUCAGAUGUUAUUUGCAUUGAUGAGAUUGAUUUAAAAGCUUUACAUGAAAAAGGCAAGCUGAGUCUUGUUCUUGUUGAUCACAAUUCAUUGAGUGUUGAACAAUCAUAUUUGGAUUCUAGAGUUGUUCAAGUUUUUGAUCAUCAUGAAAUUGACAAUCCUGACAAACUAAAAAAAAUGAAUGCAAAAGUAGAACCAGUUGGUUCCUGUUGCACAUUGGUUGCAGAAGAAAUUUUUAAUUCUAGUGUCUCUAUUAUGGACCCACAAGUUGCAAUGCUUCUUUAUGGAACAAUACUUCUUGAUACUAUAUGCUUAAAUGAAACAGCUCAAAGAGUAACAGAGAAAGACAGAAAAAUAAUUGCAAAAUUGGAAACAAUUCUGGAAGGAGUUAAUAGAAAUGAAGUUUUUGAAACAUUACAGAAAGUUAAAUUUGAUGUAUCAAAAUUGACUCCAGUGCAGUUGCUAUACAAGGAUACCAAGUUGAUAUCAGAUAAUUCUACAUCUAUUGCUCUUAUUUCAUAUCCUGGUCUUUUACAGGAUGUGCUGCAGGAGGAAUCUUUCCGUUCUGCACUUGAAGAAAUGGCAUCUUCUAAAAAUCUCAAUUCAAUCAUUUUGCUUGGAAUGAAAGUUGCUGAGGGUCAGUCUAUUGUUCGAAGACAAAUUGCAGCUUAUGAUAAAAAUCCUUCAUCACUGGAAAAAAUUUCCAAAUAUCUGCAGAAGUUAGAAAAUCCAAGUUUAGGUCUGCGGCAGUUGCCUUUAUGUGGUUAUCCAUUAACUCUUUUUGAACAAGAAAAUAUUGCUUUAACACGAAAAUUUGUUUUACCAGCCAUGCAGAAUUAUUUAAAAAUUGAUCUAUCAGACCAUUCAGAAUUGAAUAAUUCUUGUGAUAACCGGAAUGAAAACAAUUCAAAGACUGAGGAAGUGGACAAUUAUAUAGUUGAAUUUCCUGAAGAUGUUAUUCCAACAUAUCAAGCAGAACCACUUGAUUUUCCUGAUAGUCCUGAUCAUUCUAAACUCCUUGGAAUGCCAUUUCAAAGUCCAAUGUCUGGUCAGGUUAGCUUAAUAUCUGAACCUGAUGAAGUGGAAUUCAAGAUAGGUGAAGCAACUCCUGAAGGAACUGGUACCUUAAAGAGGAUUGCUGUUCAUCCCAAAGUGCUAGAAAGUGAAUAUGUGGAGGAUGACCAACGGAGUCUUUCUUCUCUGAGUAACAGAAGUGAUGCCUUCUCUCAGUCAGAGGACAUAAUUUUAGAUGAUGAUGCAGCCACCAUUGAUGAUUUGGAUAAUUCAGAUUGUGAUUCAGAUCUUGAUUCCCCUAUAAGUGAUCGCAUUCCUGAAAUGUCUGCUGCUGAGGAAUUUGAAGAAGAGCGCAGCUGGAAAACUUGUACAGUGAAUGGAGAAGAUAAGAAAAUUGAUAUGAAAGUCAUUGAACCAUAUAGAAAGGUUCUUUCUCAUGGAGGCUAUCAAAAUUCUUCCGGCCAUGCAAUCAUCAUAUUCUCAGCUUGCUACCUUCCAGAUCGUAGUCGUAAGGAUUAUGAAUAUGUGAUGGAUAAUUUAUUCCUAUAUGUGAUAACAACCUUGGAUGAAUUAGUUGCUGAUGAUUAUAUCUUAGUUUACCUUCAUGGAGCCACUGAGAGAAGUAAUAUGCCCAGUUUUGGUUGGUUAAAAAGAUGUUAUCAAAUGAUAGAUCGAAGGUUGCGAAAAAAUUUGAAAGGAUUGUAUUUGGUUCAUCCUACCUUUUGGUUGAAAACUAUAGUUAUUAUGACCAGACCUUUUAUCAGCUCAAAAUUUACUCGAAAGUUAAAAUUUGUGUAUAAUUUGAAGGAGCUUUCUAAUUUGAUACCUUUGGAUUAUGUUUGCAUUCCAGACAAAGUUAAGCAAUUUGAUGAGGACACGUUUCCUGAUUAGCCUCGCAACUUUUAUCUGCAAUGGUUGGAUUUUGAGAAAUCUAUGAGAGAAUACUUCCGACAGAUGAAAACUCAUAAUUUAAAUUCUAAUCCUGUGUAUAUAACAUACUUGAACUCUCUAUAUAAGACAGAGAUGUCCUAAGAUGAAGAAAAAACUGCAAGACUGCUUUUUAAAAAGACUAAUUGCUUUAAAAGGUCUUCUACCAUAUAUAAUGAGCUUUAUAUAUGAUCUCAGAGAGUUAUUUGUUUUAGCACUUACUUCAAAAGAAAGUUAUUGAGUAAGUCUAUUCCAUGCUGGAUUUUAAACUGGAUUGUUUUCUAAUCUGUAUUGUUGAAAUCGUGAUAAAUUCUAUCUUGUGUUAAAAGUUAUUUUGCAUCUUCUGUUAGAUUUUGAUAGGGAUAAAAGAAAACAAUUGUUAAUGAAAAGUUUCAAACUAAUAGCUUAUUGGAACUAUUAAUACUUUAAAUUUGUAGUGUGAUACUAGAUUUAAUAUAAACAUAACAUAAUUGAUUAAGUUUUAUAGAAAUUGAUGUGAUAGGAUAUUUGUAUUUAUUUCAAAUUUUGGUAAAAUCAUAAAUCAAACUGUAAAUAACUGCACUAAUUAUAAAACAUUUUUA